UCAUUGUUGUUUUCAUUUUUGGUGUUGUUUUGUAUUGAUCGUUUGUCUAUUUAGAAAAAAAAUAAUCCAUCGCAAAACAAUAAUGAUGAAUAUUCAAACAAUUUCAACAAUCUUAUUGAUUACAAUAAUUGCAACUAUAAUAACUAAUGUUAUGUGUCAAGGUGGUCGUCUUGGUGCAAUUAAAGAAUUGACUGAAAUAUCGAAAAAACAAAAAGAUCCUAUACAAAAAUAUGGACCUUAUGUUCAACCAUUAAAACAAUUAUUAGGUGCCGGUAAAGGUAGAGGUGGUGGUCUUAGUUCAGGUAGUUCAUCAUCAUCAUCAUCAAAUUAUAAUCGUGGUUCAUCAUAUAAUAAUAAUGAUAAUGAUCGUGAUUCAUAUGGUUCAUCAUCAUCAUCAUCACGUGAUCGUAAUUCAUAUGAUCGUGAUUCAUAUGGUUCAUCAUCAUCUUCAUAUAAUUCUGGUUCAUCACGUAAUCGUAAUUCCUAUGAUAGAGAUUCCUAUGGAUCAUCAUCGCGUAAUCGUAAUUCCUAUGGAUCUGGUUCGGGCUCAGGUUCAAGAGGAUAUAAUAAUUACAAUGAUCGUUAUUCAUCAUCAUCACGUGGCGGUCGCAAUUCUUAUAAUGAUUUUUAAAUAUUUUUGUAAAAGUUUUAAAUAAAAUCAUCAAUUGAUUUGAUUUGAUUGAAAUUUCCGGCUAAAAAAAUUU